AUGUUUUUGGUCAGGUCUAUUGAAAAAAUCGCUAACGAACGGGAAACCCGCAAAUCUCAAAAUCUGUCCGUCAAGAAAGCGUGCGAGGAAGCUCUUGCCUUAUUAAAAGACCAACCACAGGUGUUAGCUAACAGUAAUCUUCCACCAGCUAAUGAAUCUAGUACACACUUGCCUCCACUAAAGUCAGAUUGUGGUAUACUGUUGAGUGAUGAAAGACUUCUUCGUCCCUUUCAACUAGCAUGCACAAUGAAGUCACCGAAAAUCGUUAGUACAGCAGUUGAUUCAUUACAAAAGUUAAUUGCCUACGGUCAUAUUUCGAACACAGCUGUUUGCUCUUCUGGAAAAGUUCGCAUAAUCGAGCAGGUUGUUACGACAAUUUGUUCAUGUUUCCAGGGUGUACAAACUGAUGAUGGGAUUCAGCUACAAAUUUUAAAGGCACUCCUAACUGUUAUAACAAGUUCGGUAGUUGAAAUUCAUGAAGCUGAUAUCCUUCUGGUUGUAAGAACUUGUUAUAACAUUUUUAUGGCUACGAAAAAUCAGAUCAAUCAAGCAACAGCUCGUGCAACACUCACACAAAUUAUUAGUGUAUUAUUUCAACGGAUGGAACAAAAUGCAUUUGAAGCAGCAGUUGCAAUGAGUUCACACUUUUGCACCACUCUUGACUCUAACCUGGACAACAACCGAGACAAAGGUAAACGGUUAUCUACUGACAACUUAUCACAAAUAUCAUCGGAAAACAAAGGGGAUUUUCAAAUAGGAGAAAAUCAUAGUGACGAAAAGUUAUUGAAUGGUGAUGCCCAUGACAAAACUUAUGUUUCUUCAGACAGUGUGAUUGAUGGCGAUGACGCUGGUAUACCUACGAGAAAAGAAUACACUAAUUUCGAACUAAAAGUAUGUAAAAUUGUUAAAGAUAUUUUGGAAGAAAUAAUCGAAAAAGUUGCGUUGGAUAAUCAUAAUUAUGAUAAUGAAAGAGAUCAUUCAUCUGUAUCCGUUCAACUGCCAAACUCUGAAUCUUUAUCUGAUAUGCGGAAGUCCUCUGUACAUUCUUCGUCUCGUUCUUCUUCCUCACUUUCUGUUUCAGUGAGUACGAAUGUAAACCAAGAAUGGCCGGCUGGUGUUACUCCUACAGGUAUUGACGUUACUGCAGCCGAGUCUGAUUUAAAAGAGCGUAAUGCUGUAUCGUUAAUAGAUAAUAAUUCCGAGGUUGUCACUUCAGCGCAUAUCACACAAAAAGAUGCAUUUCUUGUUUUUCGCAGUUUAUGUCGUUUAGCAGUCAAAGAUUUUACGAGUUCUGAUUCAAAUGAUACAAAGUCGCAUGCAGUCCGGUCGAAAUCUUUAUCUUUGCAGCUAUUACUCAACUUACUACAACAACCUGGUCCAUUAUUUUCAACAAGUGAAAUAUUUAUUGCUGCUAUUAAACAAUAUCUAUGUGUUGCUUUAUUUAAAAAUGGUACCUCACCAAUUGUAGAAGUAUUCGAGUUGUCUGUUGCUAUUUUUCUUGCCCUUUUGACACAUUUCAAGCCACAUUUAAAACGCCAGAUUGAAGUAUUCUUCAAAGAUGUUCUUCUAUUCAUCUUAGAGUCACCAAAGUCAUCCUAUGGACAUAAACUGAUUGUCAUUGAUGCAUUGAAACGUAUAUGUGGUGAUGCCCAAUGCUUAGUUGAUAUUUACCUUAAUUAUGAUUGUGAUCUAAGCAUGGCUAACAUAUUUGAACGAUUGACAACAAACCUAGCUAAAAUCGCUCAGGGACGUCAUUCAACAACAGAACAUGGUAAUCAUAAUACGUCGUCAUCGUCAAACCAGCAGCAUCAACAACAACAAGUUCUACGAUCAAGUGGUUUGGAAUGUUUAGUGCUGAUUUUACGUUGCAUGACUGAAUGGUCACAGGAGCUUUAUAUUAAUCCGGAAUCUCAAUCUUUUUUGGGUUCUGAACCACCAGUUUUGACUAAUGGUGGUAAUAGUAUUAACUCAAUGGAGAAUUCUACUCUGGAUGCUAAUUCUAAUAUGAAUUUGUUGGGUGUAAAUAAACCUUACGAUGACCCAGAGGCGUUCGAAUCUCGUAAGGCACAAAAAGAAAUCUAUGAGUCUGGUAUAGCACUAUUCAAUCAGAACCAAACACUUCGUUGUUUAAGAUUGCUUCAGGAAAAUGGAUUGGUUGGGGAAUCAGUUGAAUCAGUGGCACAGUUCCUUUUAAUUGAAGAACGUCUAUCCAAAUCACGCGUUGGCGAUUUUCUGGGUGAAAAUGAACCGUAUAACUUACGUGUUAUCUAUGAGGGAAUUCUUGUCGGAUUUCGUCUACCUGGAGAAGCACAAAAAAUUGAUCGAAUUAUGGAAAAAUUCGCCGCGCGUUACUAUGCUUGCAAUUCAACCAAUGAUUUAUUUGUUUCAGCAGAUACCGCUUAUGUCUUGGCUUUUUCAAUUAUUAUGCUGACGACAGAUUUACAUAGUUCUCAAAUUAAAGCACACCAUCGUAUGAGUAAGGAGGAUUAUAUACGUAUGAAUCGUGGUAUUAAUGAUAGUCAAGAUUUGCCCGAAUCUUAUUUAGCUCAAAUUUAUGACGAGAUUGCAAAUGCUGGAUUAAAACUAAAGACGGAAGACAAUGUGACUAAACUCAGCCAAGGUGCUACAUCGAAUGAACUCAGUCCUAAACUGGAUGGUCGACGGCAAGCAGGAGAUGGUGAAGUUUUGGGGGAUUCUGUUACAUCUGGUUCAUCUGAGUUUACUUGUGCGACACAUUGUGAACAUGUUCGACCAAUGUUUAAAUUGGCGUGGACCCCUUUCUUGGCUGCAUUCAGUGUUGGAUUGCAGGACUGUGAUGCUUUAGAUGUUAACCAUCUAUGUUUAGAAGGAAUUCGAUAUGCUAUACGCAUAGCUUGUAUAUUUCAUAUGGAAUUGGAAAGAGAUGCAUAUGUGCAAGCACUGGCACGAUUUACCCUGUUGUUAACAACUUCUCAUGUAAAUCCUACUUCAAGUGGUAAUUCAUCAAUUAUGGGUGGGAUUAGCCAUCAAAGUGCUAAUUCUCGACGUUCUCGAUCAGAAAGAGUCAAUAUGAAUUCUUUUUCUGGCACGAAUGCUGUCUAUUCGAGCACAGCAGGUUCAAAUGUUAUGAAUUCAACUUUGUCGACUCCAGAAGCUAUGAAACAAAAGAAUAUUGAUACAAUACGUACAUUAAUUACGGUUGCUCAAACUGAUGGCAAUUAUUUAGGACAUGCUUGGUUGGAAAUACUAAGAUGUAUUUCUCAACUGGAAUCAGCACACUUAAUCACUCAUGCUGUUUCAUCCACGAAUGGAUUGAAUGCAAGUGGUACACACUUUGUGUCUCGUUCAACAACGUACAAUUCAUAUAGUACUUCUUAUAGUCAAAAUAUGAAUGGAACAACUGUCGGUAAUCCCUUUCCAUCAGAAGGCGGUUUCAUGAAGUCAAACAGUAUUAUAUCACCUACUCCAUCGGUUACAUCAAAUCAUAUUAUGGCGUCUAAUUUGAAUGAACCAGUAGCUCCUGGGAGCUGCCGUUUUACAAGAAGUGAUGGUGAGACUGGAUCACAGAGUGUUGUAGUUGCUGUAGACAAAAUCUUCACCGGAUCAAUUCGUUUGGAUGGUGAUGCUAUCGUGGAAUUUGUAAAAGCCCUAUGCCAAGUCAGCCAAGAAGAGUUAAAUCUUCCUCAACCAAGGACAUUUUCGUUACAAAAAGUUGUUGAAAUCUCCUAUUACAAUAUGGGUCGUAUUCGAUUACAAUGGUCACGUAUAUGGGAACAUAUUGGUAGUCAUUUUACUACAGCCGGACGAUCAGUUGACGAAGAUGUUGCUGAAUUUGUAAUCGAUUCUUUACGUCAGUUAUCUGUAAAAUUAAUAGAAAAAGGUGAAUUGCCUAAUUUCCACUUUCAGAAAGAAUUCCUGCGCCCUUUUGUGAAUAUAUUAGAAGCUGAAUCCAAUGUGAGUCAAAAAGUUCAAGAUAUGAUAGUUCGUUGCGUUUAUCAAUUGGUACAUUCACAAUAUGCAAACAUACGAUCUGGAUGGACUAAUAUAUUCGCUGUCCUCCAUUCAGUAGCUUCUUCUAUAAAUGAAUCGAUUGUUGAUAUGGCAUUUGAAACUUGUCAUUUUACUGUGAAAGAUGUUUUCAAAGAACAUUUGCAUAUUGUGGUGGAUGCUUUUCAGCCUUUGGUAAAAGCACUCGCCGAAUUUUCGUGCAAUCCACGAUUUCCUGAUACAGCUAUGGAAAGUAUUCGAUUAAUUCGUAUUUGUGCACGAAUAGUUGCAGAGCAGGGAUCAGUGUUCACAGGUGUACAAAAUUCGGAGUUAUCUGUGGGCAAUUCAAUAGAAUCUUUUGUUUCUGAACCGAAAUAUACCAUCCAUACAUAUUCAUUACCUGAAGAUGAUCAGAUUUGGUUAAGAGGUUGGAUGCCUGUUCUGUGCGAGUUGUUUCGUGUAAUCAAUGGUUGUAAACUAGAUGUACGUACACGUGGUCUUACUGUAUUUUUUGAUAUAUUAAAAUCACAUGGCAACCAGUUUAAACCACUGUGGUGGCGUGAAACAUUUGCUGUUAUCUUCCGAGUUUUUCAUCAUUUCCGUAUUCCUUCAGUAUCAUCAGAAUUCGGCAAUACACCAAGUGGAUUAGAGUUAGAGACAACAAAUCAUCACUCUUCAAUAUCCUCAUCAACACCUGGACCUAAUGCCCAGCUGACUGCCAACGGUAUUCACCAUCAGACUCUUUCAAAUAUGGAACGCACUGAAUGGAUGAAUACUACUUGUAAUCAUGCAUUAUUUUCUGUUGUGGAUAUAUUUACCCAGUUUUAUGACGUGCUACAUGAUAUAUUAUUAGAUGAUAUAUACCAACAACUUCGUUGGUGUUGUCUACAGGAACACGAGCAGUUAGCUCGUUCUGGAACAAGUUGUUUAGAGACACUAAUUCUGUCUAACGGUAAACGAUUUAGUGACAAAAUUUGGGAGUCAACUGUGAAUUUAAUUGUCGAUCUCUUUAAAUCCACUGUACCGCAUCAAUUAUUAACAUGGCGCCCGGAACAAAUGCCACUUGAAAUCAGUGAUCAAAGUAUUACUUCAAAUGCCAGUGGAACACGUCGAUUGGCUGCUGCCUCGUAUCCAGCCUUUCAAGCUGCUUUACAAGUAGCUACGUCGACAACAAAUCAACCUCCAGUUACUGCAUCAUCUUUUCUUACAGUAGAUAACAGUAUUGCGGGAAGUAAACUGUCAAUAGAUAUUACCAGUCAUGGAUCUAGUUCAAACAAGAGCCUAAGUAAAGAUGAUCUUCGUAUUUCACAUUCCUCUGAUAAUCCUCUCAGCGUAUUGGAGGAUGAGGAAAUUUCUGGUCAAUAUAAUUUUGAAAGAAAAUUGGAUAAUAUGACUCCAUUAGUUGGAGCUAGUCCGUUGCCAUCAGAUUCUCGAGGUAUGUACCCACAUCUAUCGCCACAACAUCGUCUCAUUCUGGCAAAAUGUCUACUUGGAUCACACGCAUUCGCUAAACAAUUCAACUCACAUGAUGAACAGAGAAAUAUUCUAUUUCAAGCUGGUUAG